GGUUUGGCUGAGCCUUCACAGAAUGCUAUCAAACCCAUCUUUCAGUAUAGAGGCCACCCACAGUUCCUCGUCUGUCCUGUCAACCAGAUUUUCUUAAAGAAGAGCACAACAAGCCUGCCAUCAUGUCUGAUAAAAAGAUGAGCUCUAGCCGUCGGCAUCAUCUCAAGAGUUUGAUUCUGGGUAUAGCCAAGGAGCUGCUGGUGGGUGAGGAAAAGCGGACAGAGGAGGACAGAGCUCGCUAUAUGGAGGAGAAAAGUCCUCCUCUGUCUCUGCCUGGCUCACUGCAGGAAUUACAGAACCUGUGCAAAGAGCUUCAUCAGAAGAUUGAUGUGGUGGAUGAGGAGAGAUAUGACCUGUCUGUUAAAGUGGCCAAGAGUGAAAAAGAGAUUGAGGACCUGAAGAUAAAGGUUCAGGACCUGGUAGGUAAAUUCAAGAAACCCGCUCUUAAGAAAGUACGGAUGUCUGCUGAUGCCAUGCUGCAGGCCCUGCUGGGCUCCAAACACAAAGUGUCCCUGGACCUGAGAGCCAACCUCAAACAGGUCAAGAAGGAGGUCAAGGAGGAGGAUAAGGAGGCAGUGGGAGACUGGCGUAAGAACAUCGAGGAUAAGGCCGGCAUGGGCGGCAGGAAGAAGAUGUUUGAAUCCGAGGCUUAAACAGGCUGACAUUGUACUUGUGGAGUUGAUUUCUGAUGGUCUUUCUGUUGUCGCUGUUGCAAUGGUCUGUCAAAAUGUGCUUUCACAUCCAACAAACUAAUAUUAAUUAAGCUAAUCAUAAUAUUUUGAAUGUCAUGUACUACAUGAGUGAUCCAUGAGCUCACCUUAACAAAUAAAAGUAUUAAAAGAAA